GUUGUUCGCGGGCGAUCGUCAACUUUGUAGUGUGUGAUUCCAAUCUGGUAGUGUCAAAAUGUGGCUACCGAAGAAAUCAGCUGUCCUGUCACUGGGGCUGAUCCUGGCGGUGCUGAUUCACAGCGGACAGAGUCAACAGCCAGCCAAGGUCCUGUGCUACUACGACGGGGCAAACUUCCUGAUCGAAGGUCUAGGCAAAGUUACGCUAGCCGACAUCGAAACGGCCGUUCCGUUCUGUACGCAUCUGGUCUACGGUUACGCGGCUGUCGAUUCGGACUCCUUCAAAGCCGUGUCGCGCAAUCCGAACCUUGACUUAGAUACCGGAAAGGGCAACUAUCGGCUGGUGACGCAACUCAAGCGCAAAUACCCUGCCCUCAAGGUUCUGCUUGGAAUCGGUGGUUACCGAUUCUCCGCUCCAUCUCCUAAAUAUCUCGAACUGCUGGAGUCCGGCGCUUCACGAAUUACGUUUAUCAACAGCGUUUAUUCGAUUGUGAAAACUUACGACUUUGAUGGAAUCGAUCUAGCUUGGCAAUUCCCACAGAACAAACCGAAAAAGAUCCGCUCGACUGGCGGUAAAAUAUGGCACGGAUUCAAGAAGGUGUUCUCCGGUGACCAGGUGCUGGAUGAGAAAGCUGACGAGCAUCGCGAGGAGUUCACCGCUCUGCUGCGGGAGCUAAAGAACGCGUUCCGAUCCGAUGGUUACCAGUUGGGAAUUACCGUGCUGCCCCAUGUGAAUGCCACCAUCUUUAUGGACAUUCCGGCAAUCAUUAACUACUUGGACUUUGUCAACAUUGAAGCCUUUGACAUGCAAACACCGGCACGCAAUCCCAAGGAAGCCGAUUUUGCCGCUCCCGUUUACGAACUGAACGAGCGAAUUGCCGGAAACAAUGUCGAUGGAUUGGUUAAGCUGUGGUUGAAUAGCAACGCUCCAGCUUCCAAGCUGAUUGUCAGCAUUCCAACUCAUGGUCUCGGAUGGAAACUAACCGACGAAUCGGGAAUUACGGGAGUUCCACCACUGCCAGCCGACGGUGCUGGACCACCUGGGCCACAGCUGCAGCAGGAUGGUUUCUACAAUUGGGCUGAAACCUGUGCCAAACUGCCAAAUCCAAGCAAUACCGGUCUCAAGGGAGCGGACGCUCCGCUGCGUAAGAUUGGCGAUCCCACCAAGCGGUUCGGUUCAUACGCGUUCCGUCUGCCGGACAGCAGCGGUGAACACGGGCUGUGGGUUUCGUACGAGGAUCCAGAUACCGCGGGCAACAAGGCAGGUUACGUGAAGGCGAAGGGUCUCGGUGGUAUUGCUAUCAACGAUUUGGCGUACGACGAUUUCCGCGGUACUUGUGCCGGGGAAAAGUACCCGAUUCUGCGGGCGGCAAAGUAUAGAUUGUAAGAGUAAGAGAAGUUUUAUUGUUUGAUUAGCACCCCCAGUUAAUAUGAUUUUUUCUUUGUUGAAACGUUUGGAACAAUGAAUGAACGCAUUAAUUAUUAUUUUGUGUUGUUUGAU